CUUGAAAGAAAAUAUGCUGUUCUUUACCAACCACUUUUUGAUAAGAGAAGUGAAAUCAUCAAUGCAAUUUAUGAACCUACAGAGGAAGAAUGUGAAUGGAAACCAGAUGAUGAUGAAGAGAUUUCAGAGGAAAUGAAAGAGAAGGCUAAGCUUGAAGAAGAGAAAAAAGAUGAAGAAAAAGAAGAUCCUAAAGGAAUUCCUGAAUUUUGGCUGACUGUUUUUAAAAAUGUUGAUUUGCUCAGUGAUAUGGUUCAGGAACAUGAUGAACCUAUUCUGAAGCACUUGAAAGAUAUUAAAGUGAAGUUCUCAGAUGCUGGCCAACCUAUGAGUUUUACAUUAGAAUUUCACUUUGAACCCAAUGAAUAUUUCACAAAUGAGAUGUUAACCAAGACAUAUCGUAUGCAGUCAGAGCCAGAUGAUUCUGAUCCCUUCUCCUUUGACGGACCAGAAAUUAUGAGUUGCACAGGGUGUCAGGUAGAUUGGAAAAAAGGGAAAAAUGUCACUUUGAAAACUAUUAAGAAGAAACAAAAACACAAGGGACGUGGAACUGUUUGUACUGUGACAAAAACAGUUUCCAACGAUUCUUUCUUCAAUUUCUUUUCUCCUCCUGAAGUUCCUGAGAGUGGAGACUUGGAUGAUGAUGCACAAUCUGGAACUAUGCUCAAAUGGUUAUAA